UUAACCCGCAGGGCUAGCCCGGUUCCUAUAGCUGCAGCAGAUAAUCUGCAUCCUUGUUUUUAUUUAGUGGAUCCUCUAUCCCUCUGAGACUCUGGAACUCCUGUGGUCUUCUCCUUAUCCAGUAACUUGUGAGGUGAUGGAGUUUUCAAGUCCUUUUACAGAGGCAUGUCCAAAACACCCAGGAAGGGUAAGCAUUAUGGCUGCCAGCCUCACAGGAUUGCUUCUACUUCAGGCAGUGUCCUGGGCAUCGGGUGCCCGCCCCUGUGUCCCUAAAAGCUUCGGCUAUAGCUCGGUGGUCUGUGUCUGCAAUGCCACAUACUGUGACUCUCUUGACCCCCUGACCUUCCCUGCCCUUGGUACCUUCAGCCGCUAUGAGAGUACACGUAGUGGACGUCGGAUGGAGCUGAGUAUAGGGACCAUCCAGGCCAAUCACACAGGCACAGGGCUGCUACUGACCCUGAAGCCAGAAGAGAAGUUCCAGAAAGUGAAAGGGUUUGGAGGGGCCAUGACAGAUGCUGCUGCUCUGAACAUACUUGCCCUGUCACCCUCUGUGCAGAGUUUGCUGCUCAAAUCUUACUUCUCAACAGAAGGAAUUGAAUAUAAUAUCAUCCGGGUACCUAUGGCCAGUUGCGACUUUUCCAUUCGCACCUACACCUAUGCCGACACCCCAGAUGACUUCCAGUUGCACAACUUCAGCCUUGCAGAAGAAGAUAUCAAACUGAAGAUACCCUUGAUUCACCAAGCCCUGCAGUUGGCCCAUCGCCCUGUCUCACUCUUCGCCAGUCCCUGGACAUCACCCACUUGGCUCAAGACCAAUGGGGCAGUGAAUGGGAAGGGGUCACUCAAGGGUCACCCAGGGGAUAUCUACCACCAGACCUGGGCCAAGUACUUUGUCAAAUUCCUAGAUGCCUAUGCUGAACACAGGUUAAAGUUCUGGGCAGUGACAGUUGAGAACGAGCCUUCUGCAGGACUCAUCAGUGGGUACCCCUUCCAAUGCCUGGGCUUCACCCCUGAACACCAGCGAGAUUUCAUUGCCCGUGACUUGGGUCCAACCCUUGCCAACAGUACUCACCGUGAUGUCCAGCUGUUCAUGCUAGAUGACCAACGCUUGCUGCUGCCCCACUGGGCACAGGUGGUGCUGGCAGACCCAGAGGCAGCCAAGUAUGUACAUGGUAUUGCUGUACACUGGUACCUGGACUUUCUGGCUCCAGCAAAAGCCACCCUGGGGGAAACACACCGCCUGUUCCCCAAUACCAUGCUGUUUGCCUCAGAGGCCUGUGUGGGCUCCAAGUUCUGGGAGCAGAGCGUGAGGCUAGGCUCCUGGGACCGAGGAGUGCAGUACAGCCACAGCAUUAUCACGAACCUCCUCUACCAUGUGGCUGGCUGGACUGACUGGAAUCUUGCCCUGAAUCCUGAAGGGGGACCCAACUGGGUCCGCAACUUUGUGGACAGCCCCAUCAUUGUAGAUAUUGCCAAGGAUGUGUUUUACAAACAGCCCAUGUUCUACCACCUUGGCCACUUCAGCAAGUUCAUUCCUGAAGGCUCCCAGAGAGUGGGACUAGUGGCCAGUAAGAAGAAUGACUUGGAAACAGUGGCCCUGAUGCAUCCUGAUGGCUCUGCAGUUGUGGUUGUGCUAAACCGGUCCUCUAAGGAUGUGCCUCUUACCAUCAAGGAUCCUGCUGUGGGCUUCCUGGAGACAAUCUCACCUGGCUACUCCAUUCAUACCUACCUGUGGCGUCGCCAGUGAUGAAGCAGAUACCCAAGCAAGGAUCUGGGUUCAGCAUGGGCAUUAAAGGGACAGAGUCAGCUCACAUGCUGUCUGUGGCUAAAGAGGGCACAGCAGGGCUGGGGUGAGCUUACGGUGACGUAAGGCCUGGGGCAGUGGUUUGGGUGACUCACUCUCCUUUCCAGAAGGUGCCAGGGUCUGGAGGCCCCUAGGAAAGAUCUGGAAACCCUGGUGUCCCCCACCCCUCAUGCUUGUGUUAGGUUGUGCUGUGUGCUGGCUGCCUGUGGAAACUGGGCCUAGACCCAGGGUGAGCUCACUGUCUGUAUAAAAACAGAUGGGGUGGGAGUUAAGGAAAGGAAAAGACUAGGAAAGCUGGACCCAAAGCUAGGUACUAUUUGUCUUUCCUGGAGAUGCGGGAGUGGGCUGGUGCAGAAGCAAUGUCAGCUUUAGGGCAGAAGCAAUGACAGAAGCCAGGAGCCAAUGGGUAGGCUCAAGCACCCAGAUGCUCCCAUGGCGCAUGUUAGGAAAAUGGCUGUCUCUUAAAGGCGAGAAUGAUCCCAGUCAGUGUGAGCAGCUUUAUUCUUGAGGGGUAGUACCCCAUUUCUGGCUUUAUCAACAGUGGGGGAGGCUAAGGGGCCUCUGGAAUGCAUGAUAGUAGAAAAAUCAGUCCUAGGAGCACGAGGACAAAUCAGUCCUCUUCAUCCUCCUCAGCCAUGCCCAGGGCCCGGCUGCCUGGGGUGCGGGCAGGCGUUGCCCUCUGGAUGGAAACAAUGCCACUGAGCAAAGCGUAGCCCACCAUGGCUGCCAGUCCUGCCAGCACAGACAGUAUCUGGUUCCGACGCCGAUAUGGCUCCUCCUCAGUCUCUGGGCCUGCUGGUGUCUGGCGUGGGGGUGACACCUCCGCUGAAGGGCAAAGAAGGAAGGUGGGCAGGGGAUCCUGGAUUCCAGCCCACUCUUCCAGGGUUGUUCCCCCAUCUGCCUCUUACCUCCAUCCCAGGGAAAGUAGAGGCUGAGGAUGUGGCUACAAUAGGCACAGAGGUUAUGCAGCCCCCGCAGGUGGGCCUGCAGCUUCCCGCUAGGCAGCUUUGCUUGCAGCAGCAGGGCCAAGUGGCUAAAGACAAAGGCGUCUAGGGAGGCGGGGCUGGAGCAGAGGGAGAAGGUGAGAUGGAGGACAACUGGGCUGAAGGGUCAAAAUAGAGCUAGAGGAAGAGUUAGCCUUGUAAAGUAGACUUUGGACACUGUGGGGGCCACCACAGGCCAGGACACAACGUUCUGGACCUGGGAUGGGGAGGGUUCCCCAGGUGGCGCCAGCCUGGCCCUGAAUGGGGCUCUAUCCCUGGGCUGCAUAAAGGGCACAUUGAGUGCCCCACAGCCCUGCAGGCCCCUCCUGAGCCUGGCUGCCCUCCCACCCCACCCUCCUAUACCACUGGGGAGGAUUCAGCCCUACACACAGCUCUACUCUCACCAGAGCCAGUGUCUGUCCUGAGGACCUCUUGUUCAGCUCCAGCCCCAGCCCCAGCAUCUACAUCUUCUUCCAAGCCACCCAUUACCCCAUUGGAAUCAGACUUACGCAUCUCCAAAGAAGAACUUCUGAGAGCCCAGGCGCUGAGAGAGAAGGGUCAGGCACUCCCGAGCUUCUUGGUACAGCUAUAGGGAGGACACAGGUAGGCUUGCAGCUAUGGAAACAGUACCACCUCCCCUCUUGGGCACUCCCAUUCCUGGCCAUCGUCCUUGGGGUUCACAUCAUACAACAACCCCUUGUCCCACAGCUACCUCCUUCUCCAGUUCUUCCUCGUUCUCAGGUCUGUGCUCCCCACAUAGCAGCUGUAGCCGCUCCAUGUACUGCCGCUGCAUGCGGCCGGGCAGGAAGAAGUUGAGGGGAAAGGGCAUUGCCUCUGCAUACCAUUUCCGAGUCACUUCCACAUAGUUCUUGGUGUCUAUCCAAAAAGUAUGUAUCUGGAUUGGGUAGGCAGGAAGGAAAAGGAAGGCUGAGCCAAUGCACCUGCCUGACUCAGGGUGGGCUUCUGACCCCCAGGCUGCUCUGUCAGUAUGUGGGUAUGGCAUGACCACCUCCCCAUAGGCUGCAAAUGCUGGGAGGUCUGGGCACACUCACCAGCACUGGGAGCAGUUUUUCCUCCAGUAGAGACAUGAAGGCCAGGGUGUCUGCCCCUUGCCGGGCUGACAGAUCAUAAUCAGCAUUGUACUUCUGUUAAAGAAAUAUCCAUGAGAUAGACACUGGGGGAUUGCAUGGGUACCCCCCUCGCUAUCCUCUGAGUGUAGUGGAGGUAUAAUAAGGAGCUUUUCCCACUGAGGCCCCCUUGCCUGGGCUUAGCCAGUAGCCUGUUGCUGUUGGCAGAAAGCCUGGGCCUUGGAGCCUGCUGGCCGUCAAGGUCCUACAUCCACUGGGGGGGAGGAAGGAAGGCCCAGCCACAAACUAGGAGCAGCUCCCAGAAUUUCCACGGAAAGCUGGCAGCAUGCCUUCUGACGACAACUUUCUAACAGUAACCUCCCCGAUCCAGACACCACAAAGCUAGUUCAGUGGAGCUCAGAUGCAGGUUGGGCCUAAGCCCAUGCCUCAGGAAUAGGGGAUGCCAUCCCACACUCCCUAAACCCAGCAAACUCAUGCUCAGCAACCCCUUGCUUAUUCCCUCACACUCCUGUUCUUGACUUUUUCUUCCUCUUCAUUCCAUGGCCUUGGCACCAGCACUGCAUACACAUUCCAUCCGUACCCCAAGGUCUAACCUGCUCUGCCUCCCAAGCUUUAGUCUCUAAUCAUUCCCUUCCACAUCCUAAGUAAGUUUUGUCCCUGCAUAACCUCUUGUGCAUGAUCCUUAAAUCUCUCUGAACCUCAGUUUCUCCCCUGUGGAAUAAGGGUAAUAAUUUCUUUCUCUCAUUGUGGCUAUUAGGAAAUAAUUCAGGAGAAAACUCUUGGAAUCUGGAAAAGCUCUGUUCAUACAUAAGGAAUCAGGGCAGUGACCCAGGCCCUGCCAGGAACUUUGGCUUCUAUCUACAUCUUAUUUCUCACUUAUUUCUCCAGGCCUCUCAAGCUUCCAUUCAUUCCCCAACAAUUUACCUGAGAAAGUACAAAUGAGAAAGAGGGUCCCAUUUCUGACAAUGUGUUCCUACUUGGAACCAGGCCAUGAAUGCUAGAACUCUUAGAAAGCACUCUUAUUAAGUCGUCCAGUCUUAUAAAUAAGAAGCUUACAGAUCUACAGUCAAUGAGAGAGUGAAGAACACAGCCUAGACCUCCCACUCUUUUUCCCCCCUCCAAUACUGGGAAUUUCAACCCAGGGGCACUCUACUACCUAGCUAUACCCCCAGCCCUAUUUGUUUGUUUGUAUAUGUGUUUAUUUAUUAUUUUUUUAUGAUUAAUUGAUUGAAGUACUGGGAAUUGAACCCA